AUGAUCUUAGCGAUGAAGCUUAUGGUAAAAGUCUCGUUGUUGCUGCUUACGCAGCUACUAGUGCCGCGGGCGGACGCCGGUAGCUGGCAGAGCUGCCGUCAAGUGCCCGUGGCAAAGUGUGGUGUAGGUGACAGUGGUAGUGAUGGUCGUGAGUACCGGUAUGACAUUAGACCGUACCGGUACAAGUGGAACAAAGACCCGUUUGAGUUUUACAGCUACGGUGGUCCCUUUGAUACCGUCCCUUUGGGCCAGGCUUUCCAAUCUUGCCAGGUCUGCUCAAACGAAACAAGGCCUACCAAGGGGGGUUCUCCUCCACAAUCCAUAACCGACAUCAUGAUCGUUGAUAACAACGUCGGUAAGCUUGGCCCUGACAAAGCAGAGAUCCUGUCUCAGAUCCCAUGUGGUGAAGAUUGCAGGUUGUGGUUUGUGGGAUGUAACCUAACGACAAUAGAGGUAGGGGCGUUUGCUAAGUUGCCACAGGUGUCUAACCUGGUCAUCUGGCGGAGCAAUGUCCAGACUCUGAAGAACGGCACGUUUGCUGGGAUGGAGGGCCUCAAGUAUCUGCUGCUGUUGGAGAACAACCUGACACAUCUGGAGGGUGGCUGCCUUGAUGGGUUGCCCAGCUUGUCACACAUCAUCCUUGUGGACAACCAAAUCCUGACCAUGUCGCCUGACGCUUUCCGGGGGUUGCAGCCGCGGUGGGUUGACGUAAGUGCCAAUCUUAUCGCUAACGUAGCCCCGGGGACCUUGCAGACGAUCAAGUCCGUAGCACGUGUCCACGCUGUGCAGAACAAACUUCGGUCGAUCGGCGUGGGGAUGUUCUACGGGCUUGAGCGGCUGAAGGUCCUGAACCUGAAGGGUAACAGAAUCUCCCACAUUGCUGUCGGCGCGUUCCACUCAAACACCGAAUUGUAUGCCAUAAACCUUGCAUCAAACAGGCUGACCUUCCUUUCUGGCGGGUGGUUCAAAUUGUCCUUUCCAUGCGAUUUUAUUGCCCGUGAUAACGGCAUUGCCGCCAUUGUGUCGGAAGGCAGGGCGUUGCCAUUAUCAGGGGGAAUCCACAUGUCCAACUGGCCACGCUGUACGUGUGCGAAUGAUUGGCUUUACGACUACGAGGGGGGCUACCCAAAGUUCAAGCAGCGCUUCAUGCGUUUACUAAAUUUGCCCCCGGGAACCCACAGCUGCCCCGCCUCGGCGCUGAUGCGGAACCUCCCCGCGCCAGUCUCUCCCAGUCACGCCCUGCCCUGCCACCCACCAAUGGUGGAGAUCCUGAAGGCCGAACACGACCCUGCAUACAGGUACACGGUCGUGGGUAGGGUGUAUUGGGAGCAGUUGCCCCAGGUGUCUUGGACCUUCCCUAACGACUCACAACACACACACGACAUAACAUACGACACAUACACGACAACACACGCUACUCUGCCGACAGGCAACCUAACCGUGAGGGUGGUGACCGACCUAAAGGCUGAGGGCUGGGUGAAAUGUAAGGGUCCAGCAGAUAACCUGAUGGGGGAAUCAGGAAAUCACAGCCUGUGUUCUAACUACAUGGGGAGGUCCAGCUUCACCCUUUGGCUUGAGACUACCGGGCCCUUGUCCUUUGGGAACACCACUUGCACGGCUUCUUCGGAAACUGGGUCCGACACUGUUGUUUUCAUGACAAGUGAAGGCACACACUCUGGCGUCACGACACCCCAGCCUACAGAACCCUCACUCAUCUACACCACACCAUUCUCAACCACCACAAGCACACUGCCGGUGCCCACAGGCAUCGACACAACACCACUGACCAUCAGUAAAACUGAUGCUUAUGAAGGGGGCAUCUGCACAUGGAACAUAGUGUUGUCAUCUAUUAUCUGGUUACCGGCUGUUGCGGUUGGUCCCGGGGUUUUGUUCUGUGUCAGGUGUAUCAAGCGCAGGCUCGGGCGCAAAGCUCCAGAUAACGGCACAGGUUCACCCCGCAAUGGCGAUGGUCCUUGUUCUAAGUGGCCAGUUGGCAACUUGGAUGAGCCGGUGAUCAGUCCGUACGCUGAAGGUCGUUUCGAGGAUCACGACAGCUUGAAUGAGUCAGAAUCAGUCAUCAGUCCUUACGCUGAAGGUGGUUUUGAAGACCACCCUGACUUGCGCAGGGCCGGUUCUUCUCAGUCAGAAGCCGUCCCGUACGGACAGGCAAAGCUUUGCGCAGCGUACCCAGGCCGCCCCCGCGCGCAGACACACCCCGUGCCGUCCCGCCCGUACAGCGCCGAGCGUCCCCGUCAGACACCAAACAGGGAAGGGGCCGUCGUGCCUGGCUAUGGUCAAAACGGCAGCGAUAAGAGAGGCAAAACCUGCUACCAGCACCCAUCCAUUCUCCCUAACCUGGGUACCACUCAGUCCUCUGCCUACCAGCAGAAUGCCAGCGUCGCUAAACGUUCCCGCAAGGCACGUUGCUACAACUCCCCUGCCACUGACGGAGAGCGUACCCUGACUAAGACGUCGACAUAUGGUUAUGGUAAAAACGGCGGUGAUAGGUCAGACAAAACCUGCUACCAGCACCCAUCUAUCCUCCUCAACCCAGGUUCCACCCCGUCCUCUGCCUAUCAGCAGAAUGCCAGCGCCGCUAAGCGUUUCCGUAAGACACACUGCUACAACUCCCCUGCCGCUAACCCAGAGCGUACCUUGUCUAACACAUAUGGCUGUAAGGAAAACGCUGGCGAUAAGUCCGUAAAAACCUGCUACCAGCACCCAUCUAUCCUCCUCAACCCAGGUUCCACCCUGUCCUCUGCCUACCAGGAGAAUGCCAGCGCCGCUAAGCGUUUCCGUAAGACACACUGCUACAACUCCCCUGUCACUGACCCAGACCGUACCCUGUUUAAUACUUAUGGCCACCAUGACACUAUUGCGACGGUCUGUAACUCCGUAGCGUCUCCUAUGGCCUGUAGCUACGACCCUGCUGCCCCGCGCGAGCUGUUGUCAUCUAUUAUCUGGUUACCGGCUGUUGCGGUGGGUCCCGGGGUUUUGUUCUGUGUCAGGUGUAUCAAGCGCAGGCUCAGGCGCAAAGCUCCAGAUAACGGCACAGGUUCACCCCGCAAUGGCGAUGGUCCUUGUUCUAAGUGGCCAGUUGGCAACUUGGAUGAGCCGGUGAUCAGUCCGUACGCUGAAGGUCGUUUCGAGGAUCACGACAGCUUGAAUGAGUCAGAAUCAGUCAUCAGUCCUUACGCUGAAGGUGGUUUUGAAGACCACCCUGACUUGCGCAGGGCCGGUUCUUCUCAGUCAGAAGCCGUCCCGUACGGCCAGGCCAAGCUUGGCGCAGCGUACCCAGGCCGCCCCCGCGCGCAGACACACCCCGUGCCGUCCCGCCCGUACAGCGCCGAGCGUCCCCGUCAGACACCAAACAGGGAAGGGGCCGUCGUGCCUGGCUAUGGUCAAAACGGCAGCGAUAAGAGAGGCAAAACCUGCUACCAGCACCCAUCCAUUCUCCCUAACCUGGGUACCACUCAGUCUUCUGCCUACCAGCAGAAUGCCAGCGUCGCUAAACGUUCCCGCAAGGCACGUUGCUACAACUCCCCUGCCACUGACGGAGAGCGUACCCUGACUAAGACAUAUGGUUAUGGUAAAAACGGCGGUGAUAGGUCAGACAAAACCUGCUACCAGCACCCAUCUAUCCUCCUCAACCCAGGUUCCACCCUGUCCUCUGCCUACCAGCAGAAUGCCAGCGCCGCUAAGCGUUCCCGUAAGGCACGUUGCUACAACUCCCCUGUCACUGACCCAGACCGUACCCUGUUUGGCACAUAUGGCUGUUCCACCCUGUCCUCUGCCUACCAGCAGAAUGCCAGCGCCGCUAAGCGUUCCCGUAAGACACACUGCUACAACUACCCUGCCACUGACCCAGACCGUACCCUGUUUAACACUUAUGGCCAGCAUGACACUAUUGCGACGGUCUGCAACUCCGUAGUGUCUCCUAUGGCCUGUAGCUACGACCCUGCUGCCACGCGCGAGCGUACUACGGGUAUUCAGUCCGCCGUCUAUGAUGGGAACCACCGCAGUCAGCCCGUCACAAGCCUGGGAAACAGUUACGUCUGUCCCUCCCCCGUGACUGGUGCUGGUCGGUCCCCGGCAGCUACAUACUGCCAGAAUGAGUGUAGGGAAGCAAUAAACAACACCACAGAGUACCCAGAGACAAACAGCUAUGAACCGGUCCCUGAUGCUAAAAUUGGCCAGUGA